AUGUCUCUCCUCGUCCCGAUCGUCGUGGCUCUCGCUCUCGGUUUCACCGUCGUCGCCGGCGGCUGCCCCGGCGCCCACAGGAACAUGACCAUAGAGGCAGCCUGCCGCGAGGCGUGCGGCGCGGCGCCGGCUCCGGCUCCGGCUCCGGCGAGGGCAAUGUACCAGCUCUGCAUCGACUCGCUGCGCGACGACGACGGAUCGGUCGACGACAAGACCGGCGAGUACGCGUACCGCGCCGCGUGGCGGGCGCUGUGGGCGUACCUCGACACCAUGGGCCGGGCGUGGCAUUUCCUCCGGAACGCGGAGCUCGCCGCCGGCGAGGAGAAGGCGGCGUACGCGUUCUGCGUUGGUGGCAGGUACCAAGACGCCGAGGCGGCCAUGGACAAGGUCCAGAGCAGGCUGCCGGAGCACUGCGGCCCCGACACUGGCGGCGAGUACAAGAGGGCGCUGCGCGACGUGGCGGCGUGCCGAGACCGUGUGGCCAAGCUGCCGUCAUCGCCACUGCUCGCCAUGGUUGAAGCCGACUACAACAGGACCAUCCUGGCUUACCUGCUCGGUAAAUUGAUAGGUGUAAACUAGCAACAAUGCGUAUGUUAAGUAAAAUGGGCAAAGGUUAUGAUAAUAAAGCAUACGGACUGCAACUUUUUUGUAUUUUUGUUCACAUAAACAAUACAGAUCUUGAUGGAAGCCAACAUUCAGCUCAAGACACCAAAUUUUGAUGAAACAGAUUGCAAUCAGCAUUGCUCAUACCAAAUUCCUGUAUAAACUGACGGAAGCAAAACACAUGUACACUGGGUUACAUAUUAUCACAAGGCACGGCCUUCAAGUUACCAUUCAUACAUAAAGCGUAUUACAUUUCAGCAAAAA